AAUGAACAAUAGAAAUCGAAAGUUGAAGAAAUACUGAGAGAGAGAAAUGGCGGGAGAAGCAGAAGCACCAAGGAGAGCUUAUGGCGCUUUUCCAAGAGCCUCUCAUGCUCCUCCUCGUCCUCGUUUGGAGCCCGUUGAUCGCGAAAAGACUUGUCCUUUGCUGCUUCGUGUUUUUACGAAGAUUGGGAGUCACCAUUUCAACGAAGACUUUGCUGUGAGAGGCAAGGAGCCGAGGGAUGAGGUUCAAAUUUAUACCUGGAAAGAUGCUACUCUUCGCGAGCUAACUGAUCUGGUCAAAGAGGUAGCUCCGGAAGCCAGGAGGAGAAAUGCUAAACUUUCCUUCGCUUUGGUUUAUCCUGAUAGACAUGGCCGAUUUGUAUUGAGAGAGGUAGGGAAGACAUUCUCGUUUGGAAAUGGACGAUUAGACGAUAGCUUGGCUUUGGCAGAACUCGGGUUUCAGAUCGGAGAUUACUUGGAUGUGGCAAUUAUAUAGGGUAUUUGGUGCCUUAUAUCCUAACAAUAAUGCCUAUGUCGACUGGAAAAGGUAUCGGGGUUCCUUUUUCUAGUGAAGAACCAAACGAACGAGGAUAAUCUUGUAAUGUAUAUUCCAUUUAAGAAUUGGUUGAAAAUCCUUUACUUGUAUGUCUUGUUCCCUUGGGCCCUAUCUUUAGAUCAUGAUAGUCAUCGUUAUGUUCAUUUGAGUUGCCUUCUUGUUGUAUCGCAUUGCAUGAAGCAGGCCUUAGGAUAGAGUUUUCGUUAGGACGAUAGUGGUGGAACUAUUUUUAGCCUAUGAUUAUCUUAAUAUUAGUUGUACGCGUUACUUUUGCUUUUAU